GUUUCCACUUCAUCACAGAUGUUACAUUUCCACAAACCACUGAGCCAGCGAUGCGGUGAUGAGUUACAGACGGAACGUCAUAUUUGACAUUGUCUUUCUUUCAUCAGAAAAGUUCCUAGUGAAAUCAAAAUGCUCAAAAUUCACAGUUAUAAAAAUAUACAAAUAUAAACCGAAAAUAGGAAAAACUGCCAAAGAAGUAACUCCAGAAGAUAGAAUAAGACUUAUGAUGCAAAUUUAUUCACUAUGGAGCGAUCUAAAUCGUUCGUUUUGGACAAGGGUACACAAGUGUAUCCGAGAGACCUCAUAAAGGACGAUAGAGAAAUAUGCUGCGCUAAUGCCACCUGCAGUAUGCGCAUCCCAUAUGGUACUAAUCUCCCCGGCCUAUCAGAAUCUGAAUUACCUUUCUCUCCUCCAAAACUUUUCACCUCAGAUGAUAUGACGAUGAGUGAAAGCCUUCGAGAUGAUACAUACGGGUAUGAUGAAAAUGCCAAAGCGUCUAUUAAAAAUGUAAUACCUUUGCAGAAUGAUGGCUUCGAAAGCAAAAAGUUGAAUAUUUUAGAAACUCAAAUUGCUGAGACCAACAUCGAGAGUGAUAAUAUACAUAUAAAAGAUACUGCGGAAAAUAUCCCAAAUCCAAAAAAUGCAGUUUUACUUAAAACGUCAGACAAAUAUGAAGAAGACGGUUUAAGAAACCGAGAAGAAAUACAGGUCAAAAUCGUUUCUCCGCUUGAAAGGACAGCUCCCGAUGCCAAAAAAUAUGAUUCGGAAACAACUACAAAUGAAGAGAGUAUUGCUGAAGCAAUGCGUUCAUUUGGGUCGGAAGAUGAAAUAUUAGCUGGAGUAGAAAACAUUUCAAUGAAUGAUGAGAAGAUUGUGAAAAAAGAAAUAUCUUCACUAACAAGUGAGUCAUUCACAUCGAGUCUAGGAGGAGUUUCCACAAGUAUAGGUUGCAGCAAUAUUAUAGUUGAAGGGACAGUAAAUGAUGUGUUCAUUAGGAAAAAUCCCAUUUGGAAGUACGACGGUAUAGAUAAACGUAAUGAUUUCAGAACAGUGAGGGUUUCAACUGAGAAAGUUGUUCCAAAUACUUUCGAUGCAAGCGAAAGUGAUUCUUUCUCACCUGAGCCACCCGGUACAUCUUUUUGGACCCAUAAGCUCAGCGAUUUUUCCAAUAGAUUGAGUGAUGCCAUGCCCAUCAAAAAGAGGCAAUCUGUAAACGACGAAUGCCUUUCGGGGAGCUACAGAAGAGUAUCCGAAAUGUCAGACAUUCUUUCAGUGGAUACAAUGGUUUUUCCAGGAGACUUUACGCCACCUCCUUUGAUAACUCGGAAUAGAAUCAUAACAUUCAUGAUAGAAAGAAAACAUUAUAUUUAUGAGGAAAUGAAGAUCUUCAAGAAUCAUCUCAAAGAAGAAUCUCUGUUCGUGUCAUCCCUCUUCGUUUUUCUCAUGUAUUAUAUAUUCUACUUCAUUUGUUAUUGUGGUAUAAUCGAGAAGUGUUCUUGUUCAGAAUGUAGCAUGUACUAGAAUUCAUCAUAUCGAGUUAUUUCAUUCAAUAUAAUAUCUUCUUAGAGUUUAAGACGUUUGGUCAAAACAUUCAACUAAUAGUUCGUAUUUACCACAUAGUUAUUUUGGUAGCUAGUUAUUCUCAAACACUCAUAGAAUCUUUUUG